GUCCUCCUACCCCUCCUCUGCCCCACUGCGCCGGUUCCGGACUACGUCGGGUAUUUAUAGCCCAGCAUGGUCAACAUCAUAAAGGAACGGCGGGCUCGCGCGAUCGACAUCGACCUCAGAUCUGUCAUUCCACUCUCAAGUCCCAAAAUCAUCAACGUCAGCAUGGUCCUCCCGCGUGCCCCAAAGGCUCUUUUCUUCGAUGUCUUCGGUACCUGCGUUGAUUGGCGCACCACCGUCACGGAUGCCCUCGAACUUGGUUCGCAUCGCGCGUUGGAUUCGGCUGAGAAGUCGCUUUCGAGCGCUGUCCGCCUCAAGGCAUCCGACAUGACAUACGAAGAUUGGGGCAAGCUUGCUCAAGAAUGGCGCAACACGUACAAGCGUUUCACGAAAUCGCUAGCCGACGACCCCUCGCUCCACUGGAAAACUAUCGACGACCAUCACCUGGACUCAAUACGGGAGCUCUUGGUAGAUUGGAAGCUCGAAGGCUUGUGGGGAGACGAGGAGGUUCGAGCCUUGAGCCUGGUCUGGCACAGGCUCAACCCGUGGCUGGAUUCCGCGCCUGGUAUCACGGCGCUCAACAAGCUGUUCCAGACGGCGACGCUCAGCAACGGCAACUUCAGCCUCCUAAACGAUCUCACCGCCCAUGCUCAGAUGAAGUUCACGCAUAUCUUCAGCGCAGAGCUCUUCGGUGCCUACAAGCCGUCCCCGACAGUCUAUCUUGGUGCUGCGUCCGCCCUUCAUCUGCAGCCUUCCGACUGCGCCAUGGUAGCUGCCCAUCUGGGAGAUCUCAAAGCUGCAAAGUCGCAUGGGAUGCAGGUCAUCUACAUCGAGAGGCCCCGGGAAGAGGAUUGGAGCAAGGACGAGGUUGAGCAGGCGAAGAGGGAUGGCUGGGUCGAUCUAUGGGUAACCAGUGAGGAGGACGGCUUCCUUACUAUGGCGCAGAAGCUUGGAGUCAAGCUGGAUGAAGAGAUGUUGAAGGGUUUCCGUGCGCAUUCGGAUCCAAAUUAGUGCGGCGUGUUGCCAGAGCUCUUUCGCUAGUGUUCAUCAUUCUUGUAGCUCCGCUGGGACGGAGCUGAGCAUAGACUGUAUAGACUCUUUUAUUGCUUAGAGUUCUCUGUUAAGUCUUCACAGGCUUUGGCAUUCUAUAGAUUUUGUCACUUCGAAAUUGUGUUUGACUCCUCCAUGUGGGUUUCGUGAUUUUCGGAUAUAUAUGCUUGGCCAACACUCGAUAGAAAAUACACCUCCGG